AUGCGGCUCAAGGUGCACGUCCCCGGCACCGACAUCAAGGGGAGUAUCUGGGCGUUGGAUUACUCCAAUGAUCGCCAGCUCCGCAUGGCCACUUUCCAGUCGGGCAAUGGCAAUGGCAAUGGCGACCACCAGUUACUGUCUUUCGGUGCUGCCUCGAACAAGACCUACACCCUCUCGUAUUCGAUGAACAUCGGCCAGUAUGGUAGUAUCACUGCGAGACGCUAUCGGGAUGAUCAGUUGACGUUUAAUGUGUUCGUAGGCUUGGAGGCCUCCUAUGAGGGCUUUGCGACCUUCGAUGUUAUUAUGUUCGGCAUUCAGGCUACCCGGGGUCGGGUUGAUCGAGAUUGUUUACAGGUGGCCGACAAGCAGAAGAGGGAAGUGAGGCAGAUGGUGGCGAGCACCAACAUACACGACAUGAGAUAG